GUGGGUUUCCGAUACAUCGCUUUUCCAAUCAUUCAAUUCGGUGAUAGUCGAGAUUCUUUUAGGCUGCUACUACCAUUAUCACACCCACAGCGAAUCGGUGUUGGUGCACAAAAUCGAAGUGUUCUUGGCCGAUCCUCUGUGGUAGUGAAUCUUGACACGUUGUUGUUGGUGUUUUGUCGGCGGAAUACGCAUUAAUAAUGUCAUCGCAGAACCCGGUGACUGCCUUCUCUCUUCGAGGCGGGCUGAUGGGCCUUGUUGUCCUUUGCUUGCUUGUGUCAUGUCCCGCUGCGGCAUUCCCGUACGGCAAGUCGUCUGCCGUGACCGAGCUGACCCCGGGUACGUUGCCCGGCUUCGUCAAUACCCACAAACCGGUCGUGAUUCUCUUUUACGCGCCAUGGUGCGGGCACUGCAAGCACUUCCACCCCGAGUUCGAGCGGUUUGCGGAGUCAGUGAAGGGCACGAUACGCGUUGGCGCGAUCGACGCUGACCAGCACUCCAGUGUCGGGCAGCAGUACGGCGUGCGUGGCUUUCCUACCAUCAAGUACUGGAAAAUGGGCACCAAGUCCAUUGCAUCGCCGCAGGACUACCAAGGUCAGCGUACCGCCGCCGCAUUGCAAGGCUUCAUGGUGGCCGACAUCACGGCGGCCCAGGUGAAGACGGUGUCGACGACGGAGCAGCUGAAGCACGCCGCCCGCGAGGCUCCGCAGGGAAGGAUAGGGGUGCUGUUUUCCGCGAAGGAGAAGGUGCCGCCGAUGCUCUCCGUGAUGGCGCUGUCGCCGAAACUGAAGAGUUUUCCGCUGACCUUUGUCGGGGGGUGCACACUCGAUAAGGGUGUUGCGCUGAGCUUCGACGUGACGCAGCUACCGACACUCGGGGUGCUGCGGUACACCCCUCCUGCAGCAGCGGACGGAGCCGGUGAGGGAACGUUUGAGCUCGUACCUUAUUCCAAAAAUGCCAUCGCCUACGAGCCCGUCGCACAGUUCUUUCUGAACUGCGUGGAGCGGGAGUGCGGGAGUGGAAAGGACAGCGCCAUCACCGCCAGUGUAGAAGGGCUAGAGGAGGAGGGGGAGGGAGAAGAUAGGCCGCACGCGCACCUGCAUCGCCAGCGUCACGACCGUUCUCACGAGCACCACCCGAAGCAUCCUGCCAUGGCGCUGCCGGUGGAGGCGGUGGAGUUUACAGCCGAGACGAUGGAGAACUUCUGCUCGCCGCGGGCAGUCAAGAUGCGCGGCCACUCGCCGCUCUGCGUCAUCAGUCUGACGGAGCGCGUCAAUUUGGCUGAUGUACAACGGCAGUUUCAAAGCGACCCGUUGCUCUUCUUUCACGCGGCGAAGCACAGGACAGACGUUGUUCAGCAAUUCCAGGCAACCUUUGGCGUCACGCUUUCCACAGACGCCACGACGGACUCGGGAGCUGUGGUGCUGCUGCGUCACGGGCAGCCCACCAGGAUGCGCCAUAUUCUUCUGGAGAACAUCAGCUCAAACAGCGACCUUCAGCAGAAGCUUCAGAAGGUGUUGAACGGCGAGCUUCGUCUCGACACGACGCACGUCGAAGGCGAGCGUGUUCAGGAGAAGUAA